CAUCGAAUCCACACCACUUAAAGCAGACAUCCUACCCCAGAGCGACACCUCAAGCAUAUCUAUAAGUCCUCAAUUUGUUGCAAUUACACGCAGGCCCCUAGAAUAGAGCCCGUGUCCUCAUUUCCCGUUCAAACUAGAUCUUGACUUCCGUCGAUCAGAAAGCUUCAGAUCUCGUGACCGACAUUCAUCGUCAUCUCGAACGGAUUGAAUCGGAUUCUAAAACUAUGGAGCCAUACAAAGAAACUGGAGACCGUGUCGUGACAGAGAUCAUACCCACGAAGACACAAACAGGGAGAAACCAAGUAUCGAACCUUCCUCUAGACAAGUCAGCGCCCGUGAUUGCAUACAGUCCUGGAGAGCCUUGCUACCUCUUGGCACAAGCCAUCAUCAGAAGGCAAAUGAAGACAGAAGAAGACUAUGUAAAGAUCGAGGAAUGCACCUCGUCGCAAAUUGGACGUCCUUCGGACAACUCGAGUAGAGAAGAAUCCGUAUCCGAGAAAUCUCGCCAUUUGGACGUCGACGCUAAAGAAGAAGCGAUGCAACACCAAAAUGCUGGAUAUGUUGCCAAAAGAAACCCCUCCAUGUGGUCAAUAAUAUCAUGCGAGCUACAUAAGCGCAUCUCUUCCCUGUGCUUCUCCGAUCCCGACUCCAAACCCAAACCGGAUCUCCAACCCUCUCUUCUACUACGCCUGCCAACGGAGCUUCGCCUCGAGAUAUGGCGUUUUGUCUUCCCUCCGCCGCACUCAAAGCCCCACCGAGCCCUCUCGCUCCUCCGGACCAACCGCCAAAUCUACGAGGAGGCCCUUACCAUCGCCUUCCCCAGGAUCCGUUUCUACUUCCGCGACAUCAACGCUCUUAAAGGCCAUUUAGCCAGCCUCUCCCUAAAGCAACUCACCCAACUCAACCACCUCCGUCUCCCAGCUCGAUCCCUCGAAGCCGCCCUCAAAGAUCUCGCCCUCAUCCCCUUCCUCGCAAACCUCGACCACACCACCGUCACCAUCACACUGCACCUCCCCUCCGCCGCCUCCAACCGCCUCCGCACUGUCCCUAGCCCCAUCGCUCUCCAAGAAUGGCUAGUGCGGGCCGAGAAGCUCUGGGGCCUGCGAAGCAUCACUAUCGACAACAACGGGUUCUACAGCGACUGGCAGUUCUUGCUGUUGUUCUUGCAUAUGCACGCCCUGCAUCCGCGGACACCUAUUCACGGGCUAUUUACGAAUAAGCACAAGAGUUGGGCGUAUAGCUUGCGGCGGAAGGAGAAGCGCGAGGGGGGCGGGUUUGUUAUGGUGAUGCACAGGAUGGAUGUUUCGGAGGGGGAGUGGACGUGAUUGGUGGAGGAUGAGGGCUGUGUUAAUGAACUUUUGUUGUAUUAAUUAGUUGUACAGUAGAACACACGCAAAGUCCCCUCAAGGCUUACUUGAUUCCCCGAUCUUAUAAUUCGAGGCUGAAGCUCUUCUUAACUCCUGCACAUUCCAAUCCGAGGGUUUGACAGUUGUUGUCUGGAGACGCGGGUAACCGUAUCAUGGCCCCCCUGGUGUAUCCA